UAUUUGUAAAAUUCCCAUGAAUCAUUUGAAAUUAAGGUACAACUACAAAUCCCACAAGAACAAUGUAUUCUUCAGUUGUUUCAGUGCUUAUGAUUUUUGUUUUCUACUCUUGUUUCAUCUCAUCUUCAAUACACGACGUUGUUGCGACGACGAGCACUCCCUCGUCGUCGAUGAUCAAACAAGUUUGCUCGAAUAGAUGGAGCAAUUUUGAUUCUAAAUUAUGUAUUCACAUCCUUCUAUCCAAACACCAGAUAGCAUCAGCGACGAAUUUGUUCGACUUGUCGAUAGGGAUUAUGGAGUUGGGAAUUUCAAACGCAACGAAUACGCGGACGUACAUCGACAAGUUGCUGAAGAAGUUAACCGAUGUGAAGGGUGCUGUGCGCGAGUGCAAAUUGUCGUAUGAUUCGGUUAUAGGAUCGUUGAAGAGUGCCCUAUCUGAAGUUAGAGACGACAAGGAGUACUUAACUGCGACGUAUGACCUUCUGAUUGCUAGUACGGACAGCAUCGAACGGUGCGCAAACGCUGUGGUCUCGGGGAAAGUUGAGGAUGAGACUAUUUUGAUUGGGAAUAAGGUUGUGCCCAUAUUUGGGCUGUCUGCGUACAAUGCUGUCGACAGUCUUACACACUAGCCUGAAAUCUACACACACACACACGGGUGCGUGUGUUUUUGAGGGUAAAAUAUUGUGUGGUGUGAUUUAUAGUGUGUGAAGAGUUGUUGAAUGGGGUUGCCGUGUUCAGACAAUUCGAAAAAAUAUGUAAAAUUCUAAUAAAUAAUUCAAAAUGAUAUUUUUAUUA